AUGUUUCCACUAACGGAGGAGAACAAAGGUGUUGCCUUGUUGCUGCUCAGGACCGGCACCUGUCCCAGGUGUAUCUUCAGGUUCUGUGGCGUGGACUGUCAUGCACCUUACAAACUUCCAUACAAGGAGUUACUCAGUGAUCUACAGAAAUUUCUGGAAGCUGACAAAGAAACAUUAAUUCUGGAAGUGCCAAAUCCACCUCUCAAGAAAAUUCGACUUCAAGAAUCAGAAGAUGAAGUUGGUAAUCUGGGUCAGAAUGGAGAGAGCGAGAUCACUGUGAGUGGAGGUGGAGAUGUUGCGUCCGAGAACUCAACUGUGUGCAAUGUUUGCCUGGGGAUUCUUCAAGAGUUCUGUGAAAAAGACUUCAUUAAAAAGGUGUGCCAAAAAGUGGAGGCCUCUGGGUUUGAAUUCACCAGCCUGGUGUUUUCCGUCUCCUUCCCGCCUCAGCUGUCUGUGAGAGAGCAUGCUGCGUGGUUGCUGGUAAGACAGGAAAUGGGAAAGCAGAGCUUGUCGCUGGGCAGAAAUGAUAUAAUUCAACUCAAAGAAGCGUUCAAGUGGAUAACUCACCCCCUGUUCUCAGAGGAGCUAGGUGUUCCCGUUGAUGGAAAGAGCUUCUUUGAAGUGAGUGUGGUCUUUGCUCACCCAGAAACAGUUGAGGAUUGCCACUUCCUAGGUGAAGUAUGCCCAGAUUGCUUUAAGCCAGCUAAAAAUAAGCAGUCAGUGUUCACCAGAAUGGCAGUUCUGAAAGCUCUGAAUAAGAUAAAAGAAGAGGAUUUCCGCAAGCAGUUCCCUUGCCCUCCACUCUCGCCAAAGGCCGCGUGCACCGUUCUCGAGAUUGAAUGUGCUCACGGGGCCGUUUUUGUGGCUGGGAGAUACAACAAAUACUCCAGGACCCUACCCCAAACUCCAUGGAUAAUCGAUGGUGAAAGGAAGUUGGAGUCUUCAGUGGAAGAAUUAAUUUCAGAUCAUUUGCUGACAGUGUUCAAAGCAGAGAGUUUUAAUUUCUCGUCCUCUGGGAGAGAAGAUGUUGAUGUGAGAACACUAGGAAAUGGAAGGCCCUUUACCAUCGAGCUGGUGAACCCUCACCGAGUACGUUUCACUGCACAAGAAAUGAAGGAACUCCAGCAGAAAAUUAAUAGCUCGUCUGACAAAAUCCAAGUGCGGGACUUGCAGGUGGUCACCAGAGAGGCAAUAGGACAUAUGAAGGAAGGUGAAGAAGAAAAGACCAAGACGUACAGUGCCUUAAUAUGGACGAAUAAAGCAAUCCAGAAGGAAGACAUUGAAUUCCUAAACGACAUAAAGGACCUGAAGAUCGACCAGAAGACGCCGCUGCGCGUGCUGCACCGGCGGCCCCUGGCCGUGCGGACGCGGCUGGUCCACACCAUGGAGCCGCGCUACGUGGACGAGCACCACUUCCGCCUCCGCCUCAAGACGCAGGCCGGCACCUACAUUAAAGAGUUUGUCCACGGGGACUUUGGGAGAACCAAGCCGAACAUCGGCUCACUCAUGAACUUGACCGCGGACAUCCUGGAGCUGGAUGUGGAGUCUGUCGAUGUGGACUGGCCCCCUGCGCUGGAUGACUGA